AUGCCGCCGCGAGCCGGCUCAGAGUCCUGGUGUCGCCGCCUCUGGUGGCGCGGCUUUGGCAGCGAGAACCACAUGCCAAGAUCCGCGAUAGCUCGCUCACCCGUCAUCGAAACGCGCCCAAACUCUAGCAAAAUGAACUGCGGACGCACCAGAACGUCCAAGCGUGCGCAGAAUGGCGGGCUGCCGUCGAAAUCCCGCCGAGAAAGUCGAGUGUCGCCGCGGGCCCGCCGCCCUCCAAACCCGUGCGCCAAGACCGGCGAUAUCUCACCCAAUCCUCGCCCGACCACGCCCAAACUCGGCAAAAAGGCAGUUCCCGCCGCGCAGAACGUCGCUGCGCACUUGGAACCGCGAAAAUCGGCCCAAAACCGCCAAAAAGCUGAAGAAUCCAUCUCCCCCACCUGGGCUCGAACCAGGAACCUCCUGAUCGCUCGGCGCCGUCGGCCGGGGCCGUCGGAAGCACCUAACAGUCAGACUCGCUAG